AAGACUAUUGUCAUGUCGAGAUUAAAUCAAAUUUCGCUAUUAAAUCUGAAGAAUUUUUUGUAUUUGGUGAUAUAAAUUCAGUUUCAGUAUUUAUAAAACUUAAAAAAUGGUCGACGAAUUGAGAAAGUACUUAAAUCAUUUAUUAGAAAAGGUGAAUGGUCUUCAUUGUAUAUUGAUAACUGAUCGCGAUGGUGUGCCGCUGGUGCGUGCUGUAACAGAAAGGGCACCACAGUUAGCGUUGCGGCCUAAUUUCAUUUCUACAUUCGGCAUGGCAACCGAUCAAGCUAGUAAAUUGGGUUUAGGGAGAAAUAAGACCAUCAUAUCUAUGUAUUCUAGUUAUCAGGUUAUUCAAAUGAACAAGCUUCCUUUGGUAAUUACAUUCAUUGGUAGUGAUGGCUGCAACACUGGUCAUAUUUUGUCAUUGGAAAGUCAAAUUGAACCAUUCCUAAAGGAUUUAGCUGCAAUAGUAGCAGAAACACCAUGAAUGACAUCAGUUUGGGAAUAUGUAAAAUUUGUUUUAUAAAUUUAGUUCUGUUAUUAUUUUUUUUGAUGAUGAAAUUAAAAUAUGCUACAUGGGAAACUAAAACAUAUGUCUUUCUCAGAGUUAUAAAUAGUAGUUAAAAAUAUUUAAUACUCUAAACUCAAUCAAUAGACAGACACCAAAACUCAAUUCAAGCACUUUAUUAGUUUCUAAGCAAUACAUGUAUGGUGGUUACAAAUUGUGUAUGAAUGUUAUGAGCAAAAUGUCUAUUUGUAUAUGCACUAUCAUUUGUUAUAUAAUUCAUAAUGAGUGUGCAAGGUCGAAUAUCAUAUCAUAUAUAAUAACAGUCCUGAUGUCCUAACUGACUGUGAGAUGUGAUACAUUCUGUCAGAUAUACACCGACCCUUAUUUGGUAUAAUGGAAUAAUCAGUUAAAAAGGGAUGAUGACUGGGUUAAAAAAGAAAUUCUAUUUAGUCCAUCAGUCAGAUAAUAGAAAAAUAUUAGAUAUGAGUUUUCUUGCUUCAAUUUAACAAGAUAUUACUUAGAUAAUAGGCAUUAAAGUUAAGGGGUGGGGGCUCUAUGUCACAGUUUUGUAGAAAUGUACAAAAAUGUGACGUCAUGCGACAUUUCAACUCAAUGUAUAGCCGUAAUUUAUUGAUAUUUACGCAAAAAGAAAAAAUCAAAAAUUAGUCGUCAUCCCUUUCGGCCUUAUUCAAAGGCAAUAACUAUGUUAUUAUUGUCACAUUUUGGUUUUUAUAUUUUAAAUGCUAAAUUUUUAAAAGUGUUGAUAUAAAAUUGUAAUAAACCACUUUUUUGUACUUUUAUAUAAUAACACGUAAUAUAGUAAAUGUUAAUUGUCUCGAUAGAUUUAAAAAAUAAUGUAUAUAACUCAUGCUUUAAAACUAAAGGCUGUAAUAAAAGCAAAUUUUAUUGU